GUGACCAAAAGCUGACUCUACGCGUAUUUCAGCUGUCACUCGUUCUCCACGUUGCGCGCACAAAUAUGAAACAUUUCCUAAAACUCUCGUCUCUCGAACCAAGCGUCUACUGUAAGCGCGAGGCAGUCAAAGUUGUGUUUUUCCUCGCGCGCCGUGUCUGCUCGGAGCGCUCGUGCAGUAGGUGUCUGUAAGCGCGCACUGAUCCGGAGGAACGCUACUUCACCGUUCUGUCAAUAAAACACUCCAGGAGCCGAGAGAAACGCAUCGCAGGCUGAUCUGCGUGUUUAUUUAAUCCACGUUCUCCCUCCGUUAGCGAGCGCGUGUCUCGAGCGGGAUUGUUGAAGCAAGAGGGACACUUGGAGAGACUUUGUUCGCGUUUGCGCCACUGGACACCUGCGCGUCCGCUUCACCUCGUGCCAAAAUGUUGCACUGAACAACAGUAUCUUUUUCACGCGGAGUGGAUUUUUUUUGGGACCCGAUCGUUCCGUGGGUCCGUGUGUGUGUGUGUGUGUGUGUGCGUGCGCGCGCGCGUGUGUGUAUGUGUGUGUUUCUGAAGAUCAGACACGCUCCUCCUGAUCGGGUGUUUUCUCAUUGCGAUCUGUUUCCAUGUUUUUAGGUUUAUGUGAUAUUUCUAAAAAAUGCAUCACCAUCAUCAUCAUCACCAUCAUCAUCAGAGAAUGGCCGCGUUAGGGACGGAUAAAGAGCUGAGCGAUCUGCUGGAUUUCAGCGCGAUGCGAAACAGCGAUUUGAAAAUGUUCCCCACACCAAUGAUGUUUUCCCCUCCUGUCAGCAGCGGGAAGAAUGGACCGACGUCUCUGGGAAGCGGACAUUUCUCUGGCUCAAAUCUGGAAGACAGAGCGAGUUCGUCUUGGGGAAAUGGAGUUCGUGCCACAAAGAACUAUGCUGACGGCUCUCAGUACAGUCACAUGGCCAGUCGGGACCUGGGGUCACAUGACAACAUCUCUCCGCCGUAUGCUAACCCCAGAUUAGCAGGUAAAACGGAGAGAGCAUCGUAUUCCUACGGACGGGACUCCAGCAUUCACGGCUGUCAGUCGGGGCUCAUGGGAGGCGAGGUGGGGAUGGUCAGUCCGGAGACGGUGUCUCCCACCAAACUGGGCUCACAGUAUUACCAGCAUUAUGCAGGAAACCCGCGCCGACGAGCCCUUCACAGCGACGCCAUGGAAGUCCAGACGAAGAAGGUUCGGAAAGUUCCCCCCGGGUUGCCCUCAUCAGUAUAUGCCCCUUCCGCCAGCACUGCCGAUUACAACCGGGACUCACCGGGUUACCCGUCCUCUAAAGCACCGGGCAGCAGCUUUCCCAGUUCCUUCUUUAUGCCAGACGGUCAUCACAGUACAGACCCAUGGAGCUCGUCCGGCAGUAUGAACCAGCCCGGAUACAACAGCAUGCUGGGAAACUCUACACACAGCGCUCAGAGCAGCAGCUACUGCGGCCUGCAUCCACACGACAGACUCAGUUACCCGUCGCACUCGUCGGCUGAGAUUAACCCCAGUCUUCCACCCAUGUCCAGUUUCCAUCGUAGCGGCGGGACGAACCACUACAGCGCGGCAUCCUGCUCCGCCACCACCAACGGGACAGACAGCGUCAUGGCGAAUCGAGCGCCGAGCGGAGCGGCCAGCAGCUCACAGACGGGAGACGCAUUAGGAAAGGCUCUGGCUUCAAUCUAUUCUCCCGAUCACACCAAUAACAGCUUCUCAUCCAACCCAUCCACUCCUGUGGGAUCUCCUCCCUCGCUCACAGCUGCCAGUUCAGCCGUCUGGUCCAGAAACGGUCAGGGAGCUUCGUCCCCGAGUUACGAGCCGCCGCUUCACUCGCUGCAGAGUCGCAUCGAGGACCGGUUGGAGCGGCUGGACGAUGCCAUCCAUGUGCUGCGCAGUCACGCGGUGGGAUCCACAGCGAUGCCCGGCGCUCACACAGACAUGCACGGACUGAUCACUCCGUCUCACUCUCACAACGGAGCCAUGGGCAGCCUGAGCGCCGGAUACAGCGGCGGACUGCUGCCCUCCAACAGACACUCGCUCAUGGUCGGCGGUCACCGCGAGGACGGCUUGAGGAGCGCUCACUCCAUCGUGGCCAAUCAGGUGUCAGCAUCACAGCUUCCUGUGCAGUCGGCCACUUCCCCCGACCUCAGCCAGUCCGAUCCGUACAGGGCGCUCUCCGGAGGACUGCAGGGUCAGAGCACCUCGUCCGUGAGCUCCGAGAUCAAAUCUGAAGACGAGGGAGACGAAAACCUGCAGGACGGCAAAUCUCUGGAGGGCAAGAAGGAGGACCUGGACGGCAAGGACCUGAAAGCUCUAGAGAGCAACAACGACGACGAGGAUCUGACCCCGGAGCAGAAGCUGGAGCGGGAGAAGGAGCGGCGCAUGGCUAAUAAUGCGCGGGAGCGUCUGCGCGUGCGCGACAUUAACGAAGCCUUCAAAGAGCUCGGCCGCAUGGUGCAGCUGCACCUGAAGAGCGACAAACCCCAAACCAAGCUGCUCAUCCUUCAUCAGGCCGUCGCCGUCAUCCUCAGCCUGGAGCAGCAGGUCCGAGAGCGCAAUCUCAACCCAAAGGCGGCGUGUCUGAAGAGGCGGGAAGAGGAGAAGGUGUCAUCAGACGGCGCUCCUCUCUCAUUGGCCGGCGGUCACCACAGCAUGGGCGAGGCGUCCAAUCCCAUGGGACAAAUGUAAAGAGCCACACUCCAUAUAUGGUCGAAGCUGCCAGAAUUCAUCAAAAUGAUGAGCGAUCACUUCCUUUGACAGCGUUAUUUCUGCUCCGACCGUCAGUCAAACAAUCAAUCGACCGACCGAACGAACGAACGAACGAAUGAACUUCCAUCCAUCUGACCAACUCCUGCGUGUUCCCGUUCCUGACUGCGUCUGUGAGGAUUUAUCCUGUAAAUUAGGGAGUGGGGCCGGAUUCGUUGUGCAUAUCUUCCUCCAAGCAUUCCCUGUUGCAAAAGAAGACGUUUUCAUGUUUGAACACACACACACACACACACACACACAAAAGAGCGACGGGCGAUUCUUCAAACAUAUCAUGAUGUUGUGGAGUUGUGGAGAGCAGCCGUCUGAUUUCGAAGGCAAUCCUGUCCACACUGUGGAACUUUAGUAGCUGUGCCUCGCGGAACUCCUCACGGAAAAACAGAAUUAGGAAAUUCCCAAUCAAUCGGACGAGAGGAGCUGUCAAUCAAACGACCCAGACGGGAAACGGCUGUAGAAUCUGACAAUACCCUUCAAACCUUUGCAAUAAUGUUGUUUCAGUUCCUGUGAAACCAGCAGAUCCCGACAGUUAAACGUUCAGAGGCCGUUCUGGAUUGGAACUGCUUUGGGCUCGUUUCGCGAACUUUUUGCGGAUCGCCUACGGAAGUCAUUUCUCUCCAUCUAUUCGUUUGUUUCUAGCCAUCGACUCUCCCGAAAGCCCUCCCCGGACCCCGAAGAUGCAAUUUUAACAUGUCGAAACUACAACCAAACGUGCCUUUUAGAGCUCAUAUCAUCACACAACUGGAGGAGAACAUUAUCUAGGAUGCAAGCGUAUAGGAAACGUUAGUUAUUAGGUCUAUGCAGUCAGGUUUUUUAAGACCUGGAGUUUAAAAAAAAAAAAAAAAAAAAGUAAAAAGGUAAAAAAAGUAUUUUUUUGG